AUGUCAAAUAAGUUAAUCGAAAUCCCAGAAAAUGAAUGGCCAAUUUUACGUGAUUUAUAUAUACACGUGCAAAACUCUUCAUGUGCAUAUUAUGUAAUACAAAAUUAUAUUUUAUUAAAAAUUACAAAUCCAGAAGAAAAUAUACAAAUAUUAUCACUCAAUGGAGAUUGGAAAGAGGAUGGUACCUUUAUAUUACAGCACUGCUUAAUAGAACCGAUUUACACAUUCGUAAACACACUCAGUACAAAUCACGAACGUCUAUUACAAGCGCUUCAAUGCCUUGACAAUCAGAAGAAUCUUUUGCUCUACGGUUCCCAACAAAAUAUUAAACCGACUAUAGAUAAAUAUUUGUACGAUCUUAAAAUCGACACAACUUCUGCAUAUCGUACCAUUUUAUAUCACAUGAAUAAGGAGCAAGCAUUGCAGCUUUCGUAUGAUCCUUUUAGGAUUUCAAAUGGUGUUAAAUUAAUAAAACUGGAACCAAGACAUGCAGAAAAAGUGAACAGCAUUUGGUCACAUCGUGGCCCCGGUACAGUUGCUUUUGUGGAGCUUUUAAUACGAAACUAUGAUGGUGUGGGCAUUAUAGAUGAAACAAGUAGUGAACUAGUAGCUUGGUGCUCACGUUUACCUUUAGGCUGUUUGGGUUUUUUGCAAGUUAUGGACUCACAUAAACGUUUGGGCUUGGGUAGCAUAAUGAUACGGAAGUUAUCUCAUACUUUAGCAAAAAAUAAUAUUGAAGUUAUGGCUCCAGUAGUUUUUGAUAAUGUAGCUUCACGUUCAUUAUUUGAGAAAUUGGGUUUCACAGUUAUCGAUGAUGUGUAUUGGGUUUUAAGACCAGCUAAAGCAACAUAGCGAUUGCAUUGAGUGGCG